AUGUCCGUGACAGGACAUUCGGAUGUCGACAUGGAGUCGGCAUCUGCCUUUUCACCUUCUGAACCAUCUAUUGAUGGGGUAUUUGUGUCAAAACACAACCAAAGUGCAGAGAUUUACCAGAUUUUUAAAGAAGAUGUGGAUGCGCUGCUCUCUGGCAGAACUCCUCAACACGAACAACCUGGAUUGAUACAGAGAAUCCUGCAUACGUGCGAGAAUAUGUAUGUCGUAUUUGAAGAUGAGAAGCAGCAUCUGAUGGGAGAUGUUUUGUUAUCCUGGGCAAUGAAACAACAACGGGGGCAAGUUGAGAUUGUGAAUGACGGAAACGACAAUGCUUCGUUCGUUUCGAAACGAGAGGGAAACAUAACAUUAAGCAAUUUAAGGUUUUACGAUAGUCAGGGUGAGCAUCGGGACACUGUGGACGCAGCAGCUCCAUUACAAACAACUAGAUGUGAUUCAUCUUCAGUAAGACUUAAUUGA